GGGAGGAGAGGGAAAUAGGAAAGAAAGGACAGGGAGGAGGAGGAGGAGGAGGAAAAGGAGGAGGAGGAGAGAGGUGGCGGGGGUGAUGCGGGGCUCCUGGCUGCCAGGCGCAGGCUAGACGAGUGUCCUCCCUUAAGAACUGGGCGGGAAGCGGCCGCGGGGACCCGGCUUAGGAAGAAGAGAGGUGGCGCUGCCGAAGGGAACAAGGAACGGAGCUGGGGGCGGACGGGAGAAAGAGCCGGUUGUUGGAAGCAGAUGUGACCAAGCAGCGGGCUGGCCGCCGGGGACCGAGCCGAGGAACCAAGCGGACAGUGCCGCUUUCUAAAGGAGCACCUGGCGCUGCGCUCUCUUCCCUCCCCUGCGAUCUUCUGCUCGCCCCUCGUCAGCACCGCGGUCCCCUCGUCAGCACCGCGGUCCCCUCUUGCUCCUUACCCCGUUCUUCCCCCCGCCCUCCACUUCUCCGGGCUCCCACUCUGAGACUGGAGCUGCCUCCCUCCGCUGCUAGCCGCGGUACCUCCGGCUUUCCCCCGCAACUCGCUAGCAAGCUUGCUCGAGCUUGGCCGUGCCCUUCUGGGGAUGUGCCAGUAACCCAGGUGUCCCGGGCCCCCCGAGAACCCCAAGGAUGGGACGCCGCCCUCACCUCUUGGUUGUCCAGGCCUUUCUUCUAUGGCUUGUACCAGUUUCAGCCUCACUCCAGGAUCAGUACUGUGAAAGCCUGUCCUUAGUCAACAGCACCACUGGACUCCAGUGCAACUCAUCCAUUGACCUCAUUGGGACCUGCUGGCCUCGGAGUGCAGCUGGUCAGAUCGUGGUACGACCGUGUCCUGCCUACUUCUAUGGAGUUCGUUAUAACACAACAAACAAUGGCUAUCGAGAGUGUCUUGCAAAUGGGAGCUGGGCAGUUCGAGUCAACUAUUCCCAGUGCCAAGAAAUCCUUAAUGAGGAGAAAAAAAGUAAAUUGCAUUAUCAUAUUGCUGUCAUCAUCAACUAUCUGGGCCACUGUAUCUCCCUUGGAGCUCUCCUCAUGGCCUUUGUCCUCUUCAUGCACCUAAGGAGCAUUCGGUGUCUUCGGAACAUCAUUCACUGGAACCUCAUCUCUGCCUUUAUCCUACGCAAUGCUACCUGGUUUGUGGUACAGCUCACCAUGAGCCCUGAAGUACACCAGAGUAAUGUGGGCUGGUGCCGGCUGGUGACAGCUGCCUACAACUACUUUCAUGUUACCAACUUUUUCUGGAUGUUUGGAGAAGGCUGCUACCUGCACACAGCCAUUGUGCUCACCUACUCUACCGACAAGCUCCGAAAGUGGAUGUUCAUCUGUAUUGGCUGGUGUGUGCCUUUCCCCAUCAUCGUGGCCUGGGCCAUUGGGAAACUGUAUUAUGACAAUGAGAAGUGCUGGUUUGGAAAGAGGGCUGGGGUGUACACCGACUACAUCUACCAGGGCCCCAUGAUUUUGGUCCUUCUGAUCAACUUCAUCUUCCUCUUCAAUAUCGUCCGUAUCCUCAUGACCAAGCUCCGUGCCUCAACCACAUCAGAGACCAUUCAGUACAGGAAAGCUGUGAAAGCCACUCUUGUGCUGUUGCCUCUUCUGGGUAUCACAUACAUGUUGUUUUUUGUGAACCCUGGGGAGGAUGAAAUCUCUCGAAUUGUCUUCAUCUACUUCAACUCCUUCCUGGAGUCCUUCCAGGGUUUCUUCGUAUCUGUCUUCUACUGUUUCCUCAACAGUGAGGUCCGCUCAGCUGUCCGGAAGAGAUGGCAUCGGUGGCAAGACAAACAUUCAAUCCGUGCCCGAGUGGCUCGGGCUAUGUCCAUCCCUACCUCUCCUACCCGAGUCAGUUUCCAUAGCAUCAAGCAGUCAACAGCUGUCUGAAUGAAAUGGGGAGCAUAGGGAAUGAGAGUGGGGGAUGCCAAAAGGGACAGAAUUUAGAGUCUGAUUAUGGAAGGAACACAUCAUUCAGUAUGCUCUUUCUCUCCUGUCCCUCAUGACUCUUCUC